CUCACCUUGCGCGCCAUUCGUCUGGUCUGUCGCGCUUUAGACUGCUUCUCUACCCUCAUUUGCAGCUUCCUCGAUUUCUGAGAGAGAAGCAUUGCGCGUGCGCCUAUAGACGAUAAUGUCCCUGUUCGGCGAUGACGACGUGCCGUCGCGCUCCAAGCAGUCGUCCGGCCUCUUCGACGACGAUCAGAAGCCCGCGGGCAAGUCGAGCAGCGGUCUGUUCGACGACGGCUUCGACAGCAACGACUCGCCCUGGGCCUUCCCGACACCCAAGAAAGGCGGUCGCGGAUCGCUGGUCAAGUCGCUGCUUCCUGCGUCGGACGUGCCCGACUCGUACAUCGAUGCCUUUGACGCCCUGCUGGACGCUGGGGACCGCACUGGCAAUGGCAUCAGCCUGGACGGCGCAAAGAAGCUGCUGGCGAGCAGUGGGAUACCGAGCGACACACAAUCUAAGAUCCUCGACAUAGUGGCGCAACCCGAUCAGGACGUCGCAGGACUCGGCAGGAACGAGUUCAAUGUGCUCUUCGCACUCCUCGGUCUGGCACAAGAGGGCGACGACGUCACACUUGACAGCGUGGACGAGCGCAAGAGCAAUCUCCCCGAGCCAUCUGUACCGCUGCCCAAGUCCUCGAAGCCAGAACCACGCGCGCCCACGCCGCAACAGCAGCCACCGCCCACACCUCCAAUGCCGCAACAGGUCCCCAGUCAGCAGACACCGAGUCCAGGCAGGUCGCGCGCACCGUUCCGCAAGCAGUCAUUUGGCGACCCAGAGGCAGAUCCCUGGGGUAGCCCAGACCUUCACAAAGGGCACAACCACAACAGCUACACCUCUGUACCUGCGCAAACGAACGGCACCACGCCUCAUCCUACUGCGCGAACGACGAGUCAGUUUACAACACAGUCCACGACCGACCAAAUCGCACCACAGGCCGCUGCUGCUGCUGCUGCUGCUGCUGCUCCUCCCCCAAGCUCACUACCGAGUGAUGGCGGCUGGGGCGGGUACAACGGAGGAUCUAGUCAGCCAUUCAAUGCACCAGACCUCAACGCUGGCGGCUUCCAGGAUGCGCCAGCGAGCGGCAAUAAUGGUGCCAGUGCGCCGUCUGGUUUGAGCGGAUCUCUUGGCCGCCUUCCAGGUGGAUCUGGCAACGAGGAGGUCAUUACAAUAACCGCCCUCGCCGAGAAGGAAGGCCUGUUCAUGUUCCAGCACCGCAACUACGAGGUUGGGAGCAAUCGCCGGGCGAACAAGGUUGUCCGCAGAUACAGCGACUUUGUGUGGCUAUUGGACUGCCUGCACAAGCGCUUUCCGUUCAGGCAAUUGCCUCUAUUACCUCCCAAGAGAGUCGGUAUCAAUGGCAACCCUAUAGCCGCGGACGCGAGCUUCCUUGAGAAACGAAGAAAAGGUCUGACACGGUUCACCAACGCGCUUGCUCGACACCCUGUUCUUUCGCAAGAGCAACUUGUCGUCAUGUUCCUUACCGUACCUACAGAGCUCUCCGUCUGGCGGAAACAGGCAAACCUGUCUGUGCAGGAGGAGUUUACUGGCAAGGCCUUACCCCCGGACCUCGAAGACUCGCUACCCAAGACUCUCCCCGAACUCAGCGAGACCGUCCGUUCUGGCGUACGCCGAAGCGCAGAGACCUACAUCAACCUCUGCGCCAUGAUGGAGCGACUCACCCGGCGCAAUGAAGGCAUCGCAGCCGAAUACCUCCGCUUCUCGCAAGCUCUCAGCUCCCUGACCGAAAUCUCGCAAGACACAUACGCCGUCGACACCAACGACGUCCCCCUGCUGAACGAAGGCCUGAACUCCACAGCUAGACAUCUGGACCAGUCAAAACAGCUGCUUGAAGACGAGGCAAGAGGGUGGGAAGAAGGUGUCCUCGAAGACCUGAAGAGGCAACGAGAUACACUGGUCAGCGUACGAGACAUGUUCGACCGCCGAGACAAACACGCAAAGGAUAACAUCCCCGCGCUCGAGAGGCGGAUAGUAAACAACGAGACAAAACUGCAGAACAUCAGGAAUAAGCCGGCUGAACUGGUGAAGCCGGGCGAGGCAGAGAAGGUGGAGGAUGCGAUCUCUAAGGACAAAGAAUCCAUCGUCCAACAACACGCCCGCGGCGUCUUCAUCAAGGAAUGCAUCCGCGACGAACUCCUCUUCUUCCAGAAGAGCCAGUACCACGUCUCAAGACUGUACCAGGAGUGGAGUCAGGAGCGUGUCAAGUAUGCGGAACUGCAAGCGGAUAAUUGGAGGGCGCUGACUGAGGAGGUCGAGAGUAUGCCUACCGCGGACUAGGCGCCCGAGGGAACGUUGCGUCUUCGACUGAGGAUUCAGCCUUGGUCGCUGCGCAGGUGGAGGUGCUCUGAAGGGAUGUAGGGGACUAAGCAACGGUGUUGUAAUUUGUAUAUUUUCGAUGCGAGCAUUUUGAGGUGUGGGUGUGUAUAUACUCAUCGUUUAGUUGGAUUGGGCGAAUGAAGGGGUUCGGCGCG